GGACGUGCUGACUGAGCGCAGAGACCAGGCUGCUGCAGCUGGACCGACUCCCGACCGGGACCAGAACAUCCUCCUGCAGACGCGCCGUCAUCUCCGCAGAUCCGACAGUUCCGCGGUUCUCGAUCCGCGAUGAGAGACUACGCGGCGACGGCGAGCCACGGAGGCGCCUGCACGCCGUGCUGCCAAGUUUGCGUCUUCGCCUUUACCGCAUUUCUCAUCGUUGCGGAGAGGACGGCGCUGAUAUAUUGCUUUGUGUACUAUCUGUGGGUCGGUCACAAUUACUGCUACGCCCAUCUUGCUGGCUUCACUGCCCUGUUCCUGCUGCCAGGUUGGGGUCCUCAGUGGCUAAGUUACCUGUGGUACCUGUCGGAUGGACGCAUCCGCAGGAAGUCUCUCACUUGGACACACAUACUGCACCUGGGCAUCUUCAAAAGGCUUUGGGAAUGCAUGUGUCUGCCAGACGAAAAUGUGUACUGUGAAAUCAUGCAGCAGGCUGAUGCGUCUGCCUUACGUCUGUUUGAGGCUUUGGUGGUCACCCUCCCUCAGACGCUGCUGCAGACCUACGUGCUCAUCUGCACCGAUAUAGGAAUAAAAUCUCCAGCCUCUGUGUGUUUUGUGGUGUGUCUGUUAUCUCUGUCCUGGGCGUUGGUCCUCUACGCAAGAGCCUGUUCUCUCAUCAGACCAGGACACCUACAGAUGACCCCUAGUGCCCUUCUCUGUCGACUUCUAUGGAGGGUCAGUAUGUUGGGAUCUCGAUUUGCUGUUCUCAUGCUCUUUACGCGUAUCUUCAAGCAGUGGAUCCUGGGAGUCAUUGGUGUGCACUGGCUGGGCACAACCUUCUGGAUGGUGUCGCAGCAGACCGACAUCAUACGUUCUACUAGUCGCUGGAGAAUCUUCAAUUUUGUUCUGGGAGCCAUUCACGUUUUCCUUUUUCUCAACGUGAAGUACGGUCAAUCCAGAUACCGCAUGGCUGGAUUCUAUCUGGCUAUGUUCUUGGAGAACGCGUUUCUUCUUCUGGCUUCCUCGUGGUUGUUUACGAUGAUCUCCUGGGACACAGUGGGAAUCCCAGCGGCAGUUUUCUCCAGCUUCCUCAUUGGAGUGAUAGCGUUGGUGCUGUAUUAUCGUUUUCUCCACCCUAAAUCCUUUGAGAUUUUCCAAAGUAUUCGCCGCAGGGGGAUCGGUGGUGCCUGCACGGAGCGUGGAUCCACACUGUCAUUGGAUGAGAAAGUUACACCCACUUUCCAUCGUCAUGCCACACUGUCCGGAGGUGGGACCCUCAUGGAUCUCCCCAUCCAAUGGGAGGGAUGGAAACAUCACCACUGGCUGCUGAUUCGAUUGGCCAUGAAGACGGGGGAUGUAACAAACAUCUGGUCUGCGUAUGGCGAGGGGGGAUUGGCCGGACUGAUGGGUCUGUCCGAAGAGGUUCACUCCCCUGAUGAACAUCAUUUUCCUCGGGGUCCACUCAUUCAGCCGCAGGUUCCCCAGAUCUCACAACCAGCUCCUGAACCAGCUCCUGAACCUGCUCCACCACAGGUGACCCAGCCUACAGAGGUGAGAGAGGUGGUCCACCCAACAAAGCCAGCUCCCUCGACUGUAGUGGCCAGACCGGUUAGAAGAGCUCCACCAACAACAAUCCAGGACAUGAGAACUUUUCCAGAGAUUAUCCCGGUCCAGGAGGUCAUUCUUGAAGAAAGCGCAGAAGAAUUGUCCAGCGCCCAACCAUCAGAAAAAGGUGACGAGGAUUUUCAGAGUGCCGCUUACGGCUCACCGACACUGUCGUCACCACUGCAGCCAGACAGCCUCCACCACAUCGACAGCAACGCUGUGUCCUUGACGGAGGCCUCGUCCUCCGUGUGCUCCCUGGACAUCAAGACUCCCGCCUGGUCACCGGAACGGCGUUCGCCUCUCCUGAUUGGCUCCCCCGAGAAGAAACCCUCACUCCCCGGAGAGUCCAGCACUACGCUAUACUUCAGCGCGGAUGCACACUCCCCUUCCAGCGGGAGCUAUCUCGGCUGGGGCUCCGAGUUGUCGCCAAUCUCCACCUACAGAAGUCCCUACCGGAUCCGAGAGGCCCGCUUCAUCACAUCCACCCCGCGCCUGGAGCCGCGAGCUUGGUCCGAAGGUCCAGGUCCGUCCCCUGUUGUCAUCAUCCCCGCCACUCCCGGCACAACACCAGGCCCCACUCCCGGCGGGACCCCCGGCGGCGGGACCCCUGGCGCCUCGACCCCGGCUGCUUCCACGCCUGGAGCCUCCGCUUCGGCUGCUUCAACUCCUGGCGCGUCAACACCCGCCGCUUCAACCCCUGGCGCUUCUACUCCGGGCGCCACCACACCCGGUACUCCAAUCAUUCCGCUCACUCCGGUCAUUUCCCACGCUCGCAAACAGAUGGUCCAGAUUGUGGACAGCAGAGAGAGGAUGGUGUAAGGUGGGUGAAGGGUAAGAAUAACUCGGUGGGAAGUUAUGUCUUUUUUUGGUUUAGCGGGUGAGGACUUCAAUAAAUCAAUGCAUUAUCUAUUUUGUUGAAGGCUUGGUGUGGAGAUGAUGAGCCUUUUCAGCUCAGUUCCUUUGGAGGUCAUGGAAGGAUUUACUCUGUAAACUAUUAUUUUUGUUUCCCCCUGACAUGCAGAUACAAGGGUCAAAGUCAGGGAGCACAGGUAGCACCUUGUCAAUCACUGCAGGGACGUGUGCCACGUUUCCGACCUCGCUGUUCAUUCUUAUCAACACACUGUGCAGUGUUGAUGGUAAGAAAGUCAGAGAUUGGUCUUCAGAGGAGUCAGAAUCGACAAACAUCAACGUGCAGUGCUGGGAAAUCAGAUAUGUUUAAUUUCGGGGAUGGGGGGAUUUUUAAAGUUAUUUACAACCAUUUGCUUAAAAAAGAAUUCAAUACAUUAUAAAUCAGUAUUUACAGAAGAUUGCAUCAUGGUUAUGAAAGGAAACAGAGUUACAAAUCCACAGGUGCUAAUUAAUCUCGGGCAUCAAACGUCUAACAGACUCUCUUGUAACGACACUCGACCUUUCAGACGUGAUGCAAAUACAAGCACGCCUUCAAAGGCAUUGCUAUUAUUAGUAUCACUAUUCCUUUUUCUUUUUUAACAAAAAACACCCCCCUUCCCCCCAGUUUAUUGUAUUUAAUUACAUUACUGAUACACACAGAGCCUUUUUACAAUCUGUAAAAUAGUCAAAUCUGUUAGUCGAUUAAUAUUUUUAAAGAAACUAUCAAAGCAAAUUACAAAAAGCGAAGAUUGGAGGGAUUAUGAUUCUAUAGAUUAAUCGCUCUGCUUUCCUGUGAUAAUUGUAACUGCAAUAAUGUCAGUGGGCACUUUACAGCAGAAAAGGUGCAUUUAAAGUAACAACAUUAGGUCAAGAAAGAUCAGAAGAUGUUUUUAUUGUUAAAUCUGUUUCAUUUAAUUUUGUCUGAUUCUUUAAAACCUUUUUUGUAUUUUAAUGAUCACUUAUCUGUUUUCAAAUUUUAUAUUUUAUCUGUUUGUUAUAACUUAUAACUCAUAACUGCAUAAAUGUUUCACGUAUUUGAACAAGUAACAAUGUUUCCACAAUUUUAGACAAUUUGCCCCUUUUCCAAAAACCAAAAGAGUCAUUUUUGUGAGACAAAAACUAUGAAAUAAAACAAAUAGAGAAGUGAGAGGGUGUUGUUGUCCCUAACAGAAAAGAGGUAACUUUGAACAUCUCCAAAAGACAUAGUUAUUUGUAUUAAUUGAUGAAAGAAGGUAAAUUAAGAUAAGAUACCAUGUAUAAUACAAGGUAAUGAACAGCGUUGUGUGUACUGUUAAUGUGAGUUUCUACAACAGACCUGUAUGAGCUGGGAUGAAAUACAACGUCGUCAAUUGGGCAGAAGUUGUGCCUGAAACCAGCCAGUCGUCUUGUUAAUAAGUAACAACGAGGUGUAUUUUACUUCCUGUAGAGGAAAUUUGAACCAUUCAGUUUUGUGUCCAAUAAGAAACAAGUUGCUUCGUCCUUCCGGCUAUUAUUUAGUUGAAGUUCCUUUCUCGGGAAAAUGAAAUUUUCAAGUGACAAAACUGAUGAGUUGAGUAUCUUUUCAUGGCCCAGUGAGAACAUUUAAUUGAUCACUGAAUGACAGGAAAUGCUUUAAUCUAACUCUAUUAAAUGUUAUUUCUAAUGUAGCUACCAGAAAAAAGGGAAACAGUAAUACAAAUUCUACAUGACGUUAAAUGGGUAUGAUGUGCUAGUAUGAGUUUGUCAAUGCCAGUAUUAUUGCAUUUUAUGAAUAUUAUUUAUUUAAUCAUGUGAAUGAUUGGGAGUAACAAAAGUAGACUUCUUUAAAUAUUUAUCCCUACUAUGUCAUUUUACUUUCUGUCUUUCUUUCUAAAGAAAUAUAAUAAGAAAAGUAAGGUACGUAUCUGAAACUCCAGUGUUUGGUGAUAAAACGUGUGCAUAAAUUGGGUUUUAUAGUACAGAGAAGAAAACAGCUCCAUCAAACUGUGUCAAACUGUAUCCACAUACCUGCUGAGUAGUAAAGGUCAAGAGUCACUGCAUGUUACUCAUUCAUCCAGAUAAUUGUAUCUACUACUUUAGAGAAAGAAAACGCACAGUAACCACACACACACACACACACACACACACACACACACGCACACACAACAAUUGUAAUCAGCACAUGCUAGAUUGUAUGUGAACGCAAAAGCAAUAAGCCAGCUAAUGAAAUGUAUACUAGUGCACUAAUAAAUGUAAAUAUCAACCCACGCUUUAGACUGCUAAUGAUGCCUUGGCUUAAUCAUCAUGAAUCAGCGCUUUGCCCAAAACAGAUUCAGCUGCUUGUCUUAAAAGAUGUGCGUUCCUUCUCAGUAGAUCAAUAUGCUUUGCUCUGUGUACCUGAUGUGUGUGAUACUCUUUGCUUGUGUUUUAUCUUGUUUGUCUCUUUUAGUUGUUGUUUUUUUAAAUCUCCUUUUCUUUAUCUGGUUACAUUUACUGUUAUGAAACAACAGUAGUCGAGGUUUAUUGCAGACGUUUUACACAUGGAAUUGUUUAGAGAGAUUACUUUCAAUGAGAGUCAGACAUUAGUUUGAAGAUUGAGUGGAAUGUCACUUAGUCACUGGACGGCCUCCAUUUAUCAACGUCCAUCACCUUAUCUCUGCAAGGAUGUCCACAGAGCAACUUUGGUUGGUCAUAGUGAGUACUGUGCUAUUGAUGUGACAAAAUAAAAUCAUUAGUCAUUAACACUGA